UGUGAUUUUGAUAUCACAAUCUUGAAUCGCUUGUCGUAGACAUCAGUCAGUAUCAAAAGUAAAAUUCGAAAAAUAUAAUCAUGUCUAUUUUAAUACGUUUAACUAUAAUUUGUACAAUUUUAAUUUUAACAAUAUCAGUUGCAUAUACUAAGCAAAAUACACCUUGUUUGGAAUGUACAAACUCAACAAGUGUUAUUGCUUUAAUUUUGGCUCGAGGUGGUUCGAAAGGAAUUCUGAAAAAGAAUCUUAUGCCAGUUAAUGGAGUGUCCUUAUUAGGAAGAACAAUUCAAACUAUAAAUGCUUCAAAACUAUUUCCGGAAAUAUGGGUUUCGACUGAUGAAGAAGCAAUUAAAAACGAAGCAACAAAGUAUGGUGCCCUUGUCCAUAUCCGUCCUGAAAGUGUUUCCAAAGAUUACACCACUUCAAUCGACUCUACUCGUGAGUUCAUGCAAAAACACAAAUACAUUAAAAAACUUGCCCUCUUUCAAUGCACAUCUGUGUUUUUGAAACUUGACUAUGUAAUAAAAGCAUUUGAACUCUUCAAAACAUCUGAAUGCGUCUUUGCUACAACCAGGAGUUUUAAACUACGUUGGUCACUAAAUGCUGAUGGAAGUCUUGUUCCAUUGAAUUUUGAUCCAAAAAAUCGACCACGCCGUCAAGAUUGGUCUGGUGAAUUAGUUGAAACUGGAAUGUUUUAUUUUGCCAAUCGUGAUCUUAUUGAACAAAAUGUCUUUCAAAGUGAUAGAUGCAGCAAUGUAGUUAUUUCACCAAGAGACUCUUUAGAAAUCGACACCGCAAAUGACUUAAAUGUUGCUCGAUGUAUUGUAGAAAAAGAAAACAGUGUUGCGGGAAAAAAUUAAUGCUAACUUUUUGAAACCAUCUUUCUUUGACAAAUUGUUGAAAAACCAAUAUAAACUUUUAAAUUUAUUAAAUUAUUAAAAAUAUAUUACUUUUUAUUCAAAAC